AAAAUAUUAUGUAUAGAUUUUGAUACGUUACGCUGUUUUGCAAGAAGCAGCGGAUCCGUUUCCAUUGGGCGCCCAUGUUCCGUAGCCUGCCCGCCCCACUAUCACCGAGAUCGCCGCGAUCGAGAUCCAUUACUCUCCCACUCCACCCCGUCGUUCCCCGAUUCCUCCGCUGCCAGCAAGCCCAAAUCUCUGCAGCUCGAUCUAAAUUGCUGCUCCUACUCACACCUCUACUCGCUGUAUGGAUCGUUGGAGAGCCAGAAGCCCGGUGUACAGUCGGCAGCAGAGCGGCGGCUCCAGCAGCACGGGAUCCUCCUCGCCGACUAUGUCUCCGGCGCACCACCGCUCGGCGUCGACUUCCGGAUUAUCCAACUUCCGAAGGACGCAGAACCUCGCUGCCAAGGCAGCCAACGCUCGCCUUGCUCGGGUGAUGGCCUCGCAGGCCUCCGGUGAGGACGAUGAGGAGGAGGAUGAAGGAGAUCUACCGGUUGCGUCGAAUAGUAUCCGCUAUGGCUCACCUCGGACUCUACCCAGUAGCAACGGCGGCACAACCGCCGGGAAUGGGGGGGGGAGGCCCGCAAGAUCGCCCUCUCCUGCAUUAGGUCGGAAUGUAACAGAGUAUGUCCCAGCAGUUCGUUCAACCUCAACUGGGAGGUCAUCAAUGGCAAGCCGGCCAACACCUACACCUCCUCCUGCAACAUUAGUGCCCCCGAGUAGGAUUUCUUUGAGGACCACAUCAGCCAUCCCACCGAUAGAACCUCCUAUUGAGAAGCGAAGAGAUAAAAGGUUUCCUGUAGACGUGGGCCAUAUGACCUUCCGAGAAUCAGGAAAUAGGCGCGAAGCUUCUGCUCUUCAAGAUGAGCUUGACAUGCUACAAGAAGAGAAUGAGAACAUAAUGGAAAAGCUCCGAAUUGUUGAAGCGAAACGGGAAGAAGCUGAGGCUAGAGCGAGGGAGCUUGAAAAACAGGUUGCUGCUCUUGGAGAGGGCGUCUCACUGGAAGCCAGGCUAUUGAGUAGGAAGGAAGCAGCUCUGCAGAAAAGAGAGGCUGCUCUUAAAGCUGCCAGAGAGACAAAGGAUGGGAGGGACGAGGAAAUAGCAUCUCUACGACAAGAAGUAGAGGGUGCAAGGGAGGAAGUUUCUUCUGCUUUGGAGCAGUUGAGAGAAACUGAGACUGAAGCUAAAGCUCUUCGCUCAAUGACACAAAGAAUGAUAUUGACAGAGGAAGAGAUGGAAGAGGUUGUUCUUAAGAGAUGUUGGCUUGCUCGUUAUUGGGGUUUGGCUGUCCAGUAUGGAAUCUAUUUAGAGAUAGCCAUUUCCAAAAAUGAGCAUUGGUCUUCACUGGCCCCUCUUCCCCUUGAAGUUGUCAUUUCUGCGGGACAAAAGGCUAAAGAAGACAGGAGUAACGUUGGUAAUGAAAAUGAAAGAGGUAAGCCUGUACGUGAAUUGAGUGAUUUUACUGGAGAAGGAAACAUAGAAAGCAUGCUAUCAAUCGAGAAGGGAUUAAGAGAACUUGCUUCUUUAAAGGUUGAGGAUGCUGUAGUUUUAGCAAUUAGCCAGCAGGGAAGACCAAGUCUACUUCGACAAUCCGCAUCAGAUUAUAAAUCACCUGCUGAUCCCAAAUUCUUAGAAGCGUUUGAACUGAAUCCAGUAGAGUCUGAAGAUGUCCUUUUCAAGCAGGCAUGGCUUGCAUAUUUUUGGAGACGUGCAAAGAAUCAUGGUGUUGAAGAGGAUAUUGCUGAAGAACGCCUGCAAUUUUGGAUCAGUCGCAUGAGCCAGUCACCAACUUCUCAUGAUGCUGUUGAUGUGGAGCGAGGACUAGUAGAACUGAGAAAGUUGGGCAUUGAACAACAACUGUGGGAAGUUUCACGCAGGGAAAUUGAUCCUCCCUCCUCUGUAGUCAGCCAUGCAGAAAGCUCUUAGUUUUAAAUUUAAAUUUUUUGUAUUUUUUUUUUUAAUUUUUAUUAUGUUCAAUUGUUUCAUUUAUCCUUUACAAAAUAUAAAAGGAGUUUUUACAUAACCACCACUCAAAACAUUAAAUGUUUCAUUUUAACCACCUAAAUUUUAAAUAUAACACCUUAGCCAUCCAAAAUUUUUUAUUUGUGAGUAAUGGAGGCUGGUUAUAAUGAAAAAAGUGGUUAAAAUAUUAUAUUUAAAGUUUGAGUGCCUGAAAUGAAAUAUUCAAUAUUUUGAGUGGUUGUUAUGUAAAAACCAAACAUUUGGCAGCAUUAGAGCAGUUCCCAUUCUUCAUAGAAUAAUGUGUUUCUGAACUUUGUAACAUAUUUUUUUUGGGAAAUUUACAUGCAUUCCACACAAUUCUUAUGUAUUUACUU